UCCUCCGUCAUAGCGCAGAACUGAAUAGACUCUGAAACAAUCCCAAAGACGAGCAGGUAUAGAACACAAGGCCAGGCGGGGAACCAACAUAGGGAAGAAGACUCAGAAAUGUAAUCUUUUAGUCGGCUUCUGUAAAACUGAACAAUAGUACACAGAGACCCACAGAUGCACAAACUCAACUUUUGUGUAUUUUGUUUGUUGCAGAUUGCAGGCAGAGGGACGGAUCAGCGAAUGGUGCCACAGUAUGAAGAGGCUGAGCGUCAGUAUGCCUCUCUGCCAAGACGAGGUCCAUUGGAUCCAGCUGAGUACACCAUGCAUCCCUGGUCAGGUCAUUAUCUGGGGUCCCCACAAGGUUACCAGCAGGCCCCGUCCUACCCUAACCCCAACUCUCAGUCCCCUCCGUCCUUCCCCAGCUACCCCCCCGGCCAGCCGCAUUCACGGCCAGGGGACCCUCGGGGAGUUGACUCCGGUUUUUACCCCCACCCGAGCUCCCAGCAGAGAGGACCCUUGAGGCAGGAUGUGCCCCCGUCACCUACCCCUCCUCUCCGGGGACUACGGUACGACACCAUGACCCGCAGCGCUGCUGGGGGCGGAGCCUACAGGCACCUUGUGGACGCCGGUCCUGACCAGUACGGCUACAACGGCGAGGGCGGGAGACACCAAACCAACCCCAGACAGAAGAAUGCCAUGACUGCAGCUGUGUGAAACCCCGCCCACAGGAAGUGAUAACAAUCGGUUACCAUGACGAUACGCUGAGAAAAAGAAUCGAACGUGGUACUGGUGGAACUCAAAUCAGCGUCGGUAUCAAAGAGAGGUUCAUUUGUGUCUUUAACUAAAUUGUUUGUGUUUAAAUUUUUUAACUGUUUUUUUUACAUCAAAUUAUGAUGACAAUUUCAUUGGAAAAACUGCAGGGUUUUAAAAUUCAAAGUAUAAAAAUUCAGUGUCAAAAAAAAAUUGUUGUAUAAAAAUUCAGUGUAAAAUAAAAAAAAUUGUGUAUAUAAAUUUAGUGUAAAAAAAUAUUUGCUGCUUCAAAAAGCAAGACUCGAAAUUUGGUGUAUGAGAAUUCGACGUAAAUAAAUUCAGUGUACAAAAAUACUGUGUAAAAAAAAUUCAGUGUAUAAAAAUUUGUUGGAAAAAAAAAUCAGUGUAAAAAAAUUAGUGCAUCAAAAUUCAGUGUAUGAAAAAUAAUCAGGGUAUAAGAUUGAGUGUAAAAAAAAACAGUGUAUAAAAAUUUUGUGUAAAAAAAUAUCAGUGUAUAUCAUUGAGUGUAAUAAAUAUGUGAUUGAGUGUAAUAAAAACAGUGUAUAAAAAUUCAGUGUAAAAAAAAUAUUUGCUGCUUCAAAAAGCAAGACUCGAAAUUUGGUGUAUGAAAAUUCGGUGUAAAUAAAUUCAGUGUAUAAAAAUACUGUGUAAAAAAAUUCAGUCUAUAAAAAUUUGUUGUAAAAAAACAUUCAGUGUAAAAAAAUUAGUGCAUCAAAAUUCAGUGUAUAAAAAUUUGUAGUAAAAAAAAAAUUCAGUGUAAAAAAAAUUAGUGCAUCAAAAUUCAGUGUAUGAAAAAUAAUCAGGGUAUAAGAUUGAGUGUAAAAAAAAAUAGUGUAUACAAAUUUAGUGUAAAAAAAUAAUCAGGGUAUAAGAUUGAGUGUAAAAAAAACAGUGUAUGAAAAAUCAGUGCUAAAAAAUUCAGUGUUGAAAAAUUUGCUGCUUCAAAAAGCAAGACUCACUUCCGAUAAAUUAGGCCUUAAGCAAUCGAUCUUUUUUCAUUAACAGCCAAUUAGGUCAAGUUUGAAGUCAUGUGACCUGUUUUUUUGCAAAAACGAGUCUUGCUUUUUGAAGCAGCACAUUUUUCAACACUAUAUUUUUUCACACUGAAUUUUUAUACACUAUUUUUUUUUUACACUUACAUUUUUGUUACACUGAAUUUUUACACACUUUUUUUUUUGACACUGACAUUUUUUUGGACACUGAAUUUUAAAACAGUGAAUGUUUUUCCGAAGAAAUUUUCAGCAUAUUUUAAAAAUUUGAAAAAAUAUGUUACAUAAAUUUAGUGUCAAAAAAUGCUCUCGUAGUAAAGACACAAGUGUAAAAUAAUUAGUGGGAAAAAAAUCAGUGUAAUAAAAUUCAGUGUAUAAAAAAUUGUUGUAAAAAAAUCAGUGUAUAAAAUUGAGUGUAAAAAAAUUAAUAAAUUAAAAUGCAGUGUUAAAAAAAAUUCAGUGCUAAAAAAUUUGCUGCUUCAAAAAGCAAGACUCACUUCCGGUAAAUUAAGACUUAAGCAAUGGAUCCUUUUUCAUCACCAGCCAAUGAGGUGUCAAGUUUGAAGUCACAUGACCUGUUUUAAAAAAAAAAAAAAAAGUGUCUUGCAUUUUGAAGCAGCAAAUUUUUCGACACUAUUUUUUUACACUGAAUUUUUCUACACCAUUUUUUUUUGUUUACAUUGAAUUUUUCUACACAAUUUUUUUUGGACACUGAAAUUUUUUUGGACACUGAAUUUUAAAACAGUGAAUGUUUUUCCAAAGAAAUUUUCAGCAUAAUUAAAAAAUUUGAAAAAGUUAUGUUACAUAAAUUCAGUGUCAAAAAAUGCUCUCGUAGUAAAGACACAAGUGUAAAAAGAAUCAGUGUAAAAAAAAUAGUUGUAAAAAAAUUCAGUGUAUAAAAAAUUCCGUAAAAAAAUCAGUGUAUAAAAAUUUUGUGUAAAAAAAAAAAAAAAAUCAGUGUAUAAAAUUGAGUGCAAAAAAAUUGUAUAUGAAAAUGCAGUGUUAAAAAAAUUCAGUGCUGAAAAAUGUGCUGCUUCCAAAAAUUAAGACUUAAGCAAUUGAUAUUUUUUCAGAACCAGCCAAUAAGGUGUCAAGUUUGAAGUCACGUGACCUGUUUUUUUUUUUUUCAAAAAUAAGAGUCUUGCUUUUUGAAGCAGAAAAUUUUCGACACUGAAUUUUUUUACACUGAAUUUUUAUACACAUUUUUUUUUUGACACAAAAACAUUUUUUACACUAAUGUUUUAUACACUACAUUUUUUUGACACUGAAUUUUUAUACAAUUACUUUUUGUGCACUGAAUUUUAAAACAGUGAAUGUUUUUCUAAAUAAAUGUUCAACAAAAUUUGAUGUAAAAAAGAAUUCAGUUCACAAAAUUCAGACGCAAAAAUGUCAGUGUCAAAAAAAGCUCUCGUAGUAAAGACACAAGUGUAAAAAAAAUGCAGUGUAUAAAAAUUUGUUGCAAAAAAAUUCAAUGCAUAAAAAUUUAGUGUAAAAAAAAAAAUAGUGUAUAAAAUGCAGUGUUAAAAAAAUUCAGUGCAAUCGCGAUCUUUUUUCAGAACCAGCCAAUGAGGUGUCAAGUUUGAAGUCAUGUGACCUGUUUUCAAAAAAAAAAAAAAAAAAAAAAAGAGUCUUGCUUUUUAAAGCAGCACAUUUUUUCGACACUGUAUUUUUUUUACACUGAAUUUUUAUUCACAUUUUUUUUAUAAUGAAUUUUUAUACACUUAAUUUUUUUGACACUGAAAUUAUUUUUGGACACAUAAUUUUUAUACACUGAGUUUUUGUUCACUGAAUUUUUAAACGGUGAAUGUUUUUUCAAAGAAAUGGUUUGCAUAAUUUGAUGUACAAAAAAUUCAGUUCACAAAAUUCAGACUCAAAAAUUUCAGUGUCAAAAAAAGCUCUCGUAGUAAAGACACAAGUGUAAAAAAAUUCAGUGUGUAAAAAUGUGUUGUAAAAAAACUCAGUGUAAAAAAAUUAAAUGCAUAAAAAUUUAGUGUAAAAAAUAAAUCAGUGUAAAAAAAAUAGUGUAUAAAAUGCAGUGUUAAAAAAAUUCAGUGCUGAAAAAUCCGCUGCUUCAAAAAGCAAGACUCUCACUUCCGGUAAAUUAAGACUUAAGCAAUCGAUCCUUUUUCAAAACCAGCCAAUGAGGUGUCAAGUUUGAAGUCAUGUGACCUGUUUAAAAAAAAAAACAAAAAAAAAAAAAGUCUUGCUUUUUAAAGCAGCACAUUUUUCGACACUGUAUUUUUUUUUACACUGAAUUUUUAAACACUACAUUUUUUUGACACUGAACAUUUUUUAGACACAUAAUUUGUAUACACUGAGUUUUUUUUCACUGUGAAUGUUUUUCCAAAGAAAUGUUUUGCAUAAUUUGAUGUAAAAAAAAAAAUAAAAAAUUCCACAAAAUUCAGACGCAAAAAAUUCAGUUACGUAAAUUCAGUGUCAAAAAAAUGUGUUGGUAGUAAAGACACAAGUUAACCUCCACAGUCUGCUGGCUGAAGUUAGGCAACAAAGGCUAAUGGUGGAAUGAAAUGAUCAAUAUCGUGUUGUUAGAAGCCAGUUAGUUGCCUCCCUUGUCAUUAUGGCGUUCAUGAAGCACACGUGCUCACUCAGGAUGGAAACAUCGGUCAGUUUGCUGGUUAGAACACCGCUUUUAGCAAAAAAUGGUGCCUCGACCUUUCCUCAUGCGCUGUCAUCGGGAUAACCGCUGGACUUUUUGAGUGAAUGCUUAACUCACACCUCAUAACAUUUACAGUGGCUGGAAUGUUGCCUCGUCCCUCACUUAAAGCCUGGGUGAAGAUUGCACUACACACCUGAUACAGUAAGUGAUGAUACAGAAUUAUCUGCUCACAGGUGCUCCCCGGUGGUUGUUUAUGCACACUGCAGCUAGCCCUGGAUAGUCCCACUCCUUAAUGCACGGGUGUCCAACUUGGUAUUGUGGAGGGCCACAUGCCCUCAAGAGGGCCGCUUCGUAACAGUAAAUAAUAUAUGAAUGAUGUAUAAUUAAUUAUGCUUUGGGAACCACACGAUUCGGUUCAAUUCUUGGGGGUAACGAUUCGAUUCAGAAUCAAAGGCUCGAUUCAAAGCGAUUCUCGUUUCAAAAUCUACACUUUUUCAAUAACAUUGGGUGCCAGUUCUACGAUAUAUACAUUUUAUAUAUAUAUAUAUGUAUAUAUAUAUAAAUAUAUAUAU